AGACUCAAGAACUCAAUAAGUCAUACGUCAUCUUUAGAUUAUUUUUCUCUGUAGGUAGUUUUACCUUUUUUUAAAAGUAAGAACUAAGAAGUAAUAAAAAUUGUUGCACGGAUUAUGGAUAUGACCUUAAAAAAGGAAAUAAUUUAUUAUUAAGCUAUGAUUGUUGAGUAUAAAUAUGAAUUCAACAAGUGUUAGUGAUUUCAGUAAUAUGGACAAUUUAGACCUUAUUGAAAUUUGCCGUGUUUGUCUCUCGCACGGUAUCAAUAUGAACUACUUAUUUAAAUACAAUAAUAAUAAAGUAAUUGAUAAAAUCGAAUUUUGUUCUGGUGUGCAGUUAAAAGAAGAAAAAGGACUACCAAACCUUAUAUGUAAAAACUGUCUCAACAAGUUAUCAAUAGCAUACAAAUUCAAAACUAUGUGUAUUGUCUCCGAAGAAGUAUUACAUCAAAUAAUUUUAAAGAGGAUAAAAGUAGAAACACCUGAUGACACACCGACCAAAGAAAAAAGUUUUACCGUUGAUGAUUAUGGUGCUGAGGACAAGGUUGAUAGUCAAGAACUAAAUGAAAUUAAAUGUGAAGAUGGAGACCAGGAUGGUAUAUUUCCAGAGGAAUUAAAUAGUAACAUCCAUUUAGAAGUAAGAAGUAGAUGGCAAAAGUUAAAAGUUCCUGAAAGAGAAGUAAAGAGCAAACCCGAAAAUACAAAACCGAGUAUAUGCGGUCAGGAUAAGAAGACUGGUCCUCGGCGGCUCAAAAAGUUCAAAUUUGCCAGAUUGAAAUGUGAACUCUGUAAUAUUAAAUUUACAAAUAGGAAAGAAUCCGAUGACCACAAAAAAGAAAUGCACUCGGAAAAAUUUAACUGGAUUUGUGAGGUGUGCGGCAAGAGGUUUCUGAGCCGCAGCUCGCACUGCACGCACGCGCGCUCGCACCGGCCGCGCCGCCUCGCCUGCGCGCACUGCGACUACCGCUGCGUCACCAAGAGCGACCUGGAGAAGCACCUGCGCACGCACUCCGGUAUAAAGAAAUUCAAGUGCGUUUCAUGCAGUGCCGGCUUCCACGCGUCUUCGAACCUACGUGAACACGAGCGCCGGAUACACUCCACGGCGGUGCGGAGGUUCGCUUGCCAGCUGUGUCCCAAGCGGUUCCACGACCGGACCAAGCUGAACCGGCAUAUCGACACGCACAACGACUGCAAACGCUUCAAAUGUGAACAUUGCCUGACCUGCUUCUCUCGUCGCUGCAAUUGGAAGAAGCACCUGGAGAAACAGCACUCUGUGCUAGUUCCCCCACAGCGCCCCGGCCGGCGACCCACCAUCCUCGAGCUUAGCGAUAAAUGAUAAAAUGUUACCAAAAAGAUUAUGAUUUUUUAUUAUUUUCUGCAUUGUUUUAUAAGUGGACAUUUGUGUAUGUGCGCGUGAGUUUGUAAUCGUGUGUUUGUGUGUGUGCGUGCGUGUGAACUAAGGUUGUAUAAUAAUAAAAUGCUAUAUUUUUUAAAGUAUAAUUACUUUGACUGUCGUUUCUUUGAGAUAUUAUAAUCAAUAACAUACAACAUA